AUGUCCUCUCAGCAGAGCGCCAAAGGCUCUUCUCAGGGCCCCACCCCUUGUCCCGCCCCGACGCCCGCCCCGGCGCCCGACACCUCCUCCUGCAGCUCUGGGUGCUGCGGGAACGGCUGCUGCGGCUCAAGCGGGGCCUCUGGCUGCUGCGGGGACUGUGGCUGCGGCGGCUCCAGCUCCGUCGGUUGCUGCUGCUUCCCCAGGAGGCGCCGCCGGCAGGGUAGACGUGGCUGUGGCUGCUGCGGCUGCUGCGGAGGCAGCAGCCAGAGGUCCCAAUACUCCAGCUCCUCCGGCUGCUGCGGAUGCUGA